AUGGAUAGCAUCUUCAACAAUGGACCCUAUGUCAGCAAACUGCUGCUGAACGCGAUUUUUCUACAGAGCAGUCCCUUCACUGAUCUCAGCAUUGUACGCACAUGUCCCGAAGAUCCUUCGAUAACAGGUAUGGGCUUCUACGAUCGCUUCAAGGAGUUGCUCCCUCAACAUGUCGACAAUCCGACUAUGCCUACGGUGUUGGCACUCGUCGUAUGUGGGGUUUAUCUAGUUCCGUACGGCAAACAGAGCGCCGGGCGGGUGUACUGUGGCAUGGCGUACAGAGUGAUGGUUGAUCUAGGCUACCACCUAGACAUGCCGCGCGGUAUUGAUCCCGAACGGAGGAUCUACUGGAGCGCCUGUACAAGCGACAAGCUCCAGUCACUCUACUUGAGCUGUCCUCCGGGCCUGCUCUAUAAGGACGGCAACAUCUCCAAAGUGUUUCUGGGCUCAUACGAGGAAAUGGAGCAGUGGAAUCCUGGUAGCGCGAGUAUCAGCCCAACAACAAGCUACAAGGAACGCCCGGCCUAUGCAAUCAGCUGCUUCCAAGGUAUGCUACAGCUUGCUGCAAUAACGUCGAUGCCGGAUCUAUUACAUUUUCGGUCUCAAAUGAGGGAGAAACCCAGUGAAUGGACGGAUAGUCUACCAACUCACCUCCUAUUCGAGCUAGGCGAAGAUGACACUCCUCCGCCUAAUCUAGUUUCACUGCAAGUUUCAUACUGGACCUUGGUCAUCUUGCUCAAGCAGGCGUUCCUGAACCGAGGCCACUUUCACUUUCCUAUCGAGCCUGUCUCUAGAGAUGACGGACGUCGGAGCUGCAUCGACGCCGCAUUCAAGAUUUGGCGUCUGUUGGAAGCCUAUGACACGUGCUUCACGCUCAGACACGCGCAUUACGGGCUGCUUUAUGCUGCGUAUAGCGCUGUGUUGGUCAUACUCCGGCAUGCCCAUCAAGAUCAAGAACAUUGCAUUAGACACACCAAAUUCUUCUGGAUGAUUUUGUCCGAGUAUCAAAGAAAGUUUGGCCGAGGAUUGCGGAAGCCGUUCAAGGUGCUCAAGUCUUUGAUGCAGCAGAUGAAGGAGGUAUCCCGACGUAUCAGUCUGGAUGAGUCAAGCAACUCCAAUGACCAGCAUCCUGCGGGUGAGUUGGUGUAUUCCACCUAG